AUGCAGGUUUUAGGCCUUUUUUCGCUUUCAAGGUGCUUCAAUGGAUGUCGCGGUCACACCCAGGUUUCCAGACUUGGAACGAGGAUUUGGAACCUCAGUGACAAGCCCGUGGAGCUUCAAAUAAGAGUGGGAUCGAUAUUGAAGAAAAUUCACACUUUGCAGCCCGGUUCUUCGAAAAGAUUGAAAUCCAAGACCAUCUACAAGGCUUACAUGCCUAGCCACGGUGGUGGUGGUGGUGGAGAGGGAAUGAGGGGAUUGUUAUAUUACUAUGAUGAGACAUGUCAUCCUUAUAUUUGGAUACAUGACACAAUGGGAAAUUCCUCAAGAAUGGUGAAACAACAGUAUAUUAGUCUUGAAGAUUUGAGAGAUUGUUCUGAGAUCAGAAUAUUUAGAGAUCAUCAAAGAGGCUGCAUAUCGGUUCGGAAGAAACCGAGGCCGGAUUUUUGUUGA